CUCCAAAUGAACUGAUGCCGCUGCUCUUCUAAGGACUACCCCGAAAGAUCAAAGUGUGUUGGUCGAAUGGUAGUACUAGGCUUCAAGUUUCUUAAGAGCAGGCUUAAUCAUUCAACGUUGUGGUCAAUUAUCGCCGAACCACCUCCAUAACUCCGCGUAUCCCACCUUCCUGGAAUUCCCCACCAUCAUUCGUAAACACCACCGCACAAUACCCGCCACAAUGCCAAAGCACCCUCCUUGAAGGGUCGAUAAAAUGUUUUUGACCUCGAACGUACCUCGAAACAGCUCAUCACGAUGAGGAGCGCAGACCAAUCCCGUUCUAGCAGUAGGCGGGGAGCCUCAGGCGCAUGGAACCGACUGAAGCCGAUUCGAGAUGACACCCUCGAAGCCUAUAGCUUCCCUUCAAAAGGAGAAACGAGGCUCAACGACUUCAAAACCCAAGAAACGUUCUAUAACCGCAUCGUUGACCGGUACAUGAAGUUCUGUGCAUCCACAACGACCACCUCUGACCUAGACGCCUGUUUCGCCGCCCUCUCUAUAUCCUCCACGUCCCUAACGCCUCAACGCGCUCCAGCCGGCCCGGCAAAGCCAGCCUCCGCCUCUACCUCGUCACGCACAACACCCAGCCACAGUCCCGGCGCCACCCCAUCUCCCCCUCAAAAGAACGACCUCCCGUUAAUCCUCACCGCCCUCCGCAAACUCCGCGAGGCCAUAACCGCCACACACCGACAAGACGGUUUCGCUCUUCGCGCCUACACCUUCAACAUCCAUGCUGCGCUUCUAGCCAGAGAUUGGGAAUCCUACCUCCCAGCCCUGCACUACCUGCUCUUCACUAUCCAUCCCCGUACCCCACUCUCCUCACCCGAAUUGCAUGAAUAUGUUGGAUAUUUGAUCCUCGACCAGGCAUGUCGACAAGGGGAUCUGAUGACUGCACAUGAGUCGCGGGUACGGUAUAGGUAUAGGGACAGGAGGGUGGAAGCCGUGCUCAGAGCCUUGAUUAGAGAUGACUGGGGUACGUUUUGGAGGAUGAAGAGAGCGGUGGAUGGGUAUCAGAGGCGGAUCAUGGAGUUUGCGGAACAGAGGAUAAGAGUGCAUGCUUUGAAGUGUCUGGGCAGGGCGUAUAUGACUGCGGAUAGGAGUUAUGUGGAAAGGGUGGCGGAUAGGAAGUGGGAGGAUUUGGUGGAGGAUGGAGUAGGAUGGGAGUUGGCGGAAGGGGAUAGAGUGGUAAUUAGGAGACUGAAGGGGAGGUAAACGGGAAGUUGGAUAGGAGACAGGAUCGGACGUUGCAAGUCUCCCAGAUGAUCAUCUUGGGCCUUAUAAUUUCACGUCCUGGGACUAGUCGUACGGGCCGAUGGUCGCCUGUCCGGUUAUGAUUUAUGGUCAAUUGCAAUCCAAGAAGAGCGAUGUACAACUCUCGAUU